AGAAAGAAAGAAAGGAAGGAAGAAAGAAAGAGCCCCCUAGCUAAGCGUACACAGCUACUGCAGAAACCGGGCGUGACAGAGCCACGCUGCGUGGGCUGGCUGACUGAGAGAGAGAGAGAGACAGCGCUCUCCAUUUUCUCCAAGCCCGAUCUCUCCUCACGUGUCCUGCAAAGGGGAUCUCACAUGACCCGUGUGUUUGUCCCCGUGAUCAAAACUUCCAUCUCCUGUCUCUGAAAUUCGCGUUUUAAAUACGAGCCCCCAGGUCCCCACAUGGACAUGCUGGAUCACGGUUUGGACACUUCAAACAGCCACGAGAAAGGACAGGAAACCGAGGAAGAAGUGCAGCUGCAGGAAGGUAAAGAAGACGGGACAGGUCCGGACGAGCAAACGGCUGUGGCCAUUGCCAGUGUCCAGCAGGCCACAGCGUUCGCUGACCACAAUAUCCAGUACCAGUUCCGCACAGAAAACAAUGGAGGACAGGUAACAUACAGGGUAGUCCAGGUGACCGAUGGGCAGCUGGACGGACAGACCGAUGCCACGGGGGCGGUCAGCGUUGUUUCCACAGCGCAGUUUACUGGGGGACAGCAGGCGGUUGCACAGGCGGUGAUCCAGAACCCUUUCAGUAAUGGUGGCAGUCCCGCGACGGACACAGUUAGCGGGGAGACGCGCUUUGCCUAUUUCCCCGCGUCCACGGUGGGAGACGGUACCACGACGGCAGUGUCCAUGCAGACAUCCGACCCAGCCCUCGCCCAGGCAGGAGGUCAGUUCUACGUAAUGAUGGCCCCUCCAGACGUGCUCCAGUCUGGGGCACAGAGAUCCAUCGCUCCCCGGACACACCCAUACUCACCAGAAACUGUUGAAAAUGAGAUGCUGCAUCACGACAAUUCCUGGAAGAUGGAUGGCCCAAGAACACCCAGAGAUGAAAGGAGAAGAGCCCAGCACAACGAAGUUGAGAGACGGCGGAGAGACAAAAUCAACAACUGGAUCGUCACGUUGUCUAAGAUUAUUCCAGACUGCAACACCGACAACAGCAAGACAGGAGCUAGUAAAGGUGGGAUCCUGUCGAAGGCGUGCGAUUAUAUCAGAGAGCUGCGUCAAACCAACCAGCGGCUACAGGAGAGCUUCAAGGAAGUGGAGAGAGUCCAGAUGGACAACGAGCUCAUCAAACAGCAGAUUGAAGAGAUGAAGAAUGAGAAUGCUUUGCUCCGAGCUCAGUUGCAGCAGCAUGGCAUCAAUAUGGGGGAGAGCUCUGGACAGUAACAGCCAAGCGAUGCAGAGAGAGAGGGAGAGAGAGAGGGAGAGCGCAGAGGAAACGGAAUCGACUCAUUUCAAAACAGCACAAAAAUAGGCCGACGGGUCUCUCGCCUCCAAAUUUCAGUUCCUCUUUUUUGUUCAAUUUGAAAAUAUCAACAAUCAACAGAGACCUUUUCAAGCUAAUGGGUGGUACUGUUGUCCAAGACAAAUGUUUUUGUGUUUUUUUUUCCGUGAUCUGUACAUUUUCCUAGUGUUUACCAUGUUUGUUCUUGUCGUCGGCUUCAUCAUUAUUUCUUUUAGAGUAUUAUAAUUAUUAAUAUAAUUAUUUUCACCUUUUUUUAUUUUAAGUUAUUUAGAUGGGGGGGGGGGGAUCAAGUUGAAGUACCUCUUCUGCUGCAACAGGAGGCGCUACAGACAAACAAAACUAGAAAACACAACUGCAAUUUCUUCUUUGGAACUGUCCUGUUUAGGGGGAUGUUUAUAAACUGCAGAUAGGGUGUGUUUUUACAUGCCAAGUCCCUUCUCCAUUUCCCUCUAUGUAAGGGAAUACUAAAUAUAAUUCACUUAUGAAAUGUGCGUCAGUAAGGUGCAUGUGAAUAAAAGUCCUUGGAUGUAGCCUGUAGAGAUUCCUCCAUUCGUUUUGAAGCAAGCCAAGGCUAGUGGAGCAGGUUUCUGUUUAACUUUGCAGAGUAUGAGGGUGAUCAUGAGAAACUAAAUGUAAUAAAAUGCUAACUGCAAACAGUGCUGAUGCACAGCAGGAUUGCAGUGGCCUCUGUGGCACUGUCUCGCAUCUAUCUCGGGGUGGAAGCGAAACAGGGAACUUGGAGAGACCAUAAUAAAAUAUGCCAGCUAGAUCACUGAAAAUGCUGCAGAAUUUUAUUUAGGAAGUGAAGAGACAGGAAGCCUGCUUGUAGCUUGCUUGUGUUGGAGGGAGGACAGUCAUUAAACUCGUUAAGCUAGUUUGUGAAGUGGAGGCUUUCAAUUUAAGCCAGUUAAUUGGGUUAUUAUGAACUGAAUAUUGAGGAUUACAGGACCGGUAACUUAAGUUGAGUCUAUCUGUCUUAAUACAGCUGAGAAAAAGCAAAUGACCUUUUGAGCGUUCUUUAACAGACACUUAAGUUUAAUUACAGAAGGAAGGACAGUUUAUUUAAAACGGAGUUAAUUUACCCAAAGUAAAAAAACGUUUUUUAAAAUGUGUUAUUUUGUUUUUCCAACACCCAUUCAAAAGACAUCGUGACGCGUCCAUGUAUAAUUAUAUCAGGUGUCAAUCUGGUGCUUGAAACAGUAAGUCAAUCCCUGACAAGUUCGGUCUUUGCUAAACAAAAUACAAGGCUUACCCUACUGCGAUACUAUAUUUUGAGUUGAUGAAGACUUUACAAGAAGAGUGGUGAAAAAGCUUUGGGUAGAUGGAGGCAGACAGCGUGGAAGUUGUGUCAAUGUGGUAUAUGAAGGUUUUAUAUAUAACCUAAUUAUUAUAAACGUGCACGGAUUGGUGUAGCACUUAAAAGGAGGUGCAUAUAUUUUUGUUCUGAUGUGUAAAAAAAAAAACGGGUUUCCGUCCUUGAAAAUGUUAGUUUGGCAACAGUCCCAUCCAUUAAGCAAGCAAACUGCUCUACUUGCUGCUUGGAGGCUGAUUUAAGGACUUUGAUGUGUAAAUAUUCCCGCUGGAGCAACUUUGAAAGAAAGAAGGCAACAAGAAAUACAAGGAUGGGACUCUCCCUGAUUGUGUGUUUGGGAAAGAAGGGCAUCCAAUAGCCACCUCCCUUUUUCCCCACAUAAGCCAAUGGCUGGAACUGUUCUUACUGUGUAGGAUGACCAAGAAAAUGGCAGGCAGUUGUUGGUUAAUAAUAAUAAUAAUAAUAAUAAUAAUAAUUUUGUACUUUUAUUUUUGAGGGGUAGUGGGAGGGAGGGGAUGCAGCCAGAAAACAAUGGCAAUGUUUUAUUUUACUCUUCAUAGUACUAGCAUGAGAUUAACCAAUGGCUAACAGUCUUGCUGAACACAAAAUUGCCAACGGCAACACUUUUUUUUUUUUUUUUUUUU